AAGGCUUGCAGCGGUGCAGUCCCCCGUACGUCGGUGUUGUGCGCGCAAAGACAGUUGCAAGAUGGGUAGUACGGUGCUUUGCAGCAUCGCUCUGACGGUUCUGCUGCUCGCGGCCGGCGCGAUGGCUUCGCAUCCGUCGUGCCCGGCGACGCCGCCGGACACGGGGGGCACGCUGCAGGUGUCGCACGCGUUCGGGCCGUGCUCGCCGCUGGGGCCGGAGGCCUCGGCGCCGUCGUGGACGGGGUUCCUCGCGGACCAGGUGGCGCGCGACGCGUCGCGGCUGCUGUACCUCGACUCGCUCGCGGUCAGGGGCCGCGCGUACGCGCCCAUCGCGUCGGGGAGGCAGCUGCUGCAGACGCCGACGUACGUGGUGCGCGCCUGCCUCGGCACGCCUCCGCAGCAGCUCCUCCUCGCCGUCGACACCAGCAACGACGCCGCGUGGAUCCCCUGCUCUGGCUGCUCCGGGUGCCCCACGUCGACUCCCUUCAACCCGGCCGUCUCCACCUCGUACCGCCCGGUGCCCUGCGGCUCGCCGCUGUGCACGCAAGCGCCGAACCCGGCGUGCCCGCUGAACAGCAAGGCCUGCGGCUUCAGCCUCACCUACGCCGACUCCUCGCUCCAGGCCGCGCUGUCCCAGGACUCCCUCGCCGUCGCCAAUGACGUCGUCAAGACUUACACCUUCGGCUGCCUGCAGAGGGCCACCGGCACGGCCGCGCCGCCGCAAGGCCUCCUCGGGCUCGGCCGCGGGUCCCUGUCAUUCCUGUCACAGACCAAGGACAUGUACGAGGCUACGUUCUCGUACUGCCUCCCGAGCUUCAAGUCCCUGAACUUCUCCGGGACCCUGAGGCUCGGUCGCAAGGGCCAGCGGCAGCGCAUUAAGACGACGCCGCUGCUGGCGAACCCUCACCGGUCGUCGCUCUACUACGUGAACAUGACCGGCAUCCGCGUGGGCAAGAAGGUGGUUCCCAUCCCGGCGUCCGCUUUGGCAUUCGACCCGGCGACCGGCGCGGGCACCGUGCUGGACUCUGGCACGAUGUUCACCCGUCUGGUGGCGCCGGCGUACGAGGCCGUGCGCGACGAGGUCCGGCGCCGCGUCCGUGCCCCCGUGUCCUCCCUGGGCGGCUUUGACACGUGCUUCAACACCACAACAGUGGCGUGGCCGCCGGUGACGCUGCUGUUCGACGGGAUGCAGGUGAAGCUGCCCGAGGAGAACGUGGUGAUCCACAGCACGUACGGGACCACCAGCUGCCUGGCGAUGGCGGCGGCACCCGAGGGCGUGAACACGGUGCUCAACGUCAUCGCGAGCAUGCAGCAGCAGAACCACCGCGUGCUGUUCGACGUGCCCAACGGCCGCGUCGGCUUCGCGCGCGAGCGGUGCACCGCCGCUUAAAUUAGAUUGGCUAGCGCGCGCGGGUGCCGUGCCUGCCUGCGUUUAUCUAUCGUCUCCGCCGUGUCGCCGCUGUUGGUGUCGUCGGUGCUUUGAUCCUUUUUUGUAUCGUAGUGAUCGUCGUCUCCGUCAGUGUCUCUUGUUCUCUCAUGUAUCACCGGAGGUUGUUCGCGUUAAAGCUAUGUUUCUGUGGCUUAGGGUUUAAUUGGGGUUUAAGAAUUGGAAGUGUCCUUAUGGUGUAACGUGUCCACACGGGUUUCGAAGCCCAGACUCAACACGGCUAUAUAUUCUGUUGGUAUAGAGACAGAAAGAUAUACUUCCUUAUUCUAAAGAAAAAACGAAUUUGGAAGUGUAAGCGUAUGAAUGA